CUAAUCUCACGGAGAUACUUCAAUUGUACGUUCCAUAUAGGCCACUUGUUUCCCGGGGACAAUAAUUGGCAAUGUCAAGUAAGCUGGCUGUUAACUCGUCAACAAUAGCUGCCAUGUCUGAAACUCUUGAAUCAGCAGUGUUCAAGCCAGUUCAGGAACUGGCCGUGGAUUGCAACACGCCGCCAGAAAGAUAUAUCUAUACGUGCAGUAAUGAGGCCAUCGACGUUAAUCCUCCAGUGCUAGAUAUUCCUGUCAUUGAUCUCAACUCUCUGCAAUCUUCAUCACCAUCUGCAGACAGAGAACUAGAGAAACUCAGAGUUUCUGUAACUUCAUGUGGCUGCUUUCAGUUAAUUGGUCAUGGGAUGACAAGUUCAUUUCUUGACCAAGUGUACAGCAUUGGCAGAGACUUUUUUGCACUUCCACUCCAGGAAAAGCUUAAGUGCUUUAAAACUGCUGAGAACCCUCAAGGGUAUGGGAAUGAUUCAGAGCAUUCAGAAGUUCUUGAGUGGACAGAUCGCCUGUAUCUUGUCACUAGUCCUGAAGAUCAGAUAAAGUUCCAGGCUUGGCCACAGAGUCCCGCAAUCUUUAGGGAACUAUUGCAGGAAUACACUGAAAAGAUAAAAUUGUUGAAUGAAGUUGUCUUAAAGGUCCUGUCAAGGUCACUGAACUUGAAAGCAAGCUGCUUGUUGGAUCAAUAUGGCGAAAAUGCUUAUAUGAUUGCAAGAUUUAACUAUUAUCCUGCCUGUCCAAGGCCUGAUCUUACACUAGGAGUGAAACCACACGCAGAUGCAACAGCCAUCACAUUCCUUCUGCAAGACAAACAAGUGGAAGGCCUACAAGUCCUGAAAGAUGAUCAGUGGUUUAGUGUGCCAACUGUUCCCGAUGCUCUCCUUGUCAACAUUGGCGAUCAAGUUGAGAUAAUGAGUAAUGGGAUAUACAAGAGUCCGGUGCACAGAGUGGUGACGAACUCAGAAAGAGAGAGGAUGACUGUGGCGAUGUUCUGUUCUCCCAAUUCUACUAGGUACAUUGAACCUGCGGAAGAGCUGAUAUCAAAGACGCGACCAAGGUUAUACAAGAAGGUCAAAAAUUAUUUUGAUGUGUGUUUUGAGAGCUAUCAGCAGGGAAAACUGCCUAUUGAAGUAGCAAAAGAAGGGUGUGAUGAACACUGAUGCUGUGAUGCAGACAUGGAAUAAAAAAAUUUCAAAUAUGACGAACAAUGUAUAAUAAAUAUGUAAUGCAAAUAUUGCGAACAAUGUAUGAUAAAUAUGUUAUGCUAUUCUUCCACAUGCCGAAGAAAAUAAGUACUGUUGCUAUGUUGGACAUGGUGGUUUUGUUUGAAUU